CGCCCUGCUGAGUCGUUCAGCGACGGGUUCUCCUCGCGUGAGCGCCGCGAGCGAGCGCGAUUCGCUAGAGAACGCACGACAACGAUUCCGGAAGCUUGGGGACCCGCGAAUUCGAGGCCGAGAUUGAGAUGUCUUGAGCGAAUCCGCGCGUACUUGCGAUCGCGGUUCAAUUCGCUGACGAUCACCCAAGUUCAGUCUCCGUAGACCGAUGGAGCGUCCGUCGGAUCUGUUUUUAGAAAUGCAACUUUGGGCAUAAGACGUUAGAUCUAAUGACUCAAAUGGGGAUAAUAGGAGGGAUCGGUAGGAUCAUUUCAGCAAGUACAGUUCGAUUAACGAGAUCGUUGUGAAUUUGACUGGUUCAGGGAUUAAUUGUCAAAAAUUGAUGCUCCUGGAGGAGGAUCUUCGAGGAGCGCAACCGAUUGAUUUCAUAUAAUUAUAUUCAUAUAUUCUCGUUAUUCGCGACGUUAAAGCAAAAGGACCCUGUCGGUGAAGUUACGGAUCUAACAAUUUGCUAGUUGAUUCAAUAAGAAAUCAGAAAAACUCUCAAUCUUUAUCGGACUCCCACGAGUAUCGCGCAAUCGACGCCGUUGUGAGUCGCGGAAUAUUUUACAAAGGACCAUGUGACGUUGAAAUAUCAAGUAAUCAAGCGGAGAUUCGGUUAAGUGAUAACUGAUCGAAUACGCCGCUCGCGAAUCGGCAGAGUCGAUCGAGAUUCCAGAGGCGGGGUCCGCAGGGCGAAACAAGUGCACGUCCUCGAGUGAUUUAGAGAUCGAGGCUUAAUUGCGGCGACCGAGGAGCCGGUAAUCUGGGAGAGAAGGUCGGCGUCGAUUAAACGGGACCGGGACGUCCUGACGGUCCCGCGGACGUCAACGUGCGCAAAGCAUUCCCGAGAGAGGCGGCGCAUAAAUUUGUCGUGAAACCGACUCGUCCGACUGCAUUCUGGCGAAAUUAUCGGGGUAUCGCGUAAUAACGAGCGACGCGGGGCCGCAAAAAGCGCUCGGCGGAGGCGCCGAUCGCGGGCAGGAAACCUCAAGUCGGAGUUUAUAGGAUUGCAACCUGGAGAACGACCGGGCGAGGAAGAGAAGUGCGCGCAUGUUGGUCAACGAAAGCGUCUUAUUAGAGAUGGAUCUAUGUGCGGGACGGGCGUGUGCUGAUCGGGAGCUCUGUGAAACGCGAACAAUGUCGUAAAAACGACGGCGGAGUAAUUUAUUUGACGAGAGUAGAGACUCGCCUCGCUGGAUUUUCCGAGCUCUCUCCCUCUCUGACGCGGAAACAAAUGAUUUCGACGACACUUGUGUAUGCUCGUGCAAAUUAACGAGCGCGUGAAAGAUAUAACGCGAGAGGCGCAUGGUCGUCCGAGUGUUGUUUUCCCAACUGACGUACGUACCAAAAAGUCAUCUGCGGCUUUAGCGAAAAUAUAAUAAAGCAGGACUUUUGUUACCGCGCGAGGAGGAGAAUCGCCACAUUUCGGAAAUUUGCAUCUCCACGAGUCCGAUUCCAGGAGGAACUCGUCGGAUUUUGGCAAUCACUGGCCGGGGGUCGACGACCAGAAAGGAGAUUAAUUACUUCGCAUAAGAUUAAGCAAAAUUUGCUAUUCCGAGUUGGCCCAACCUGCCGAAUAUCGAGCUAAUUUUAACGGUGAAUUAUAAAAAGCGAGAUCGAAAAAAAAAAGGAAUCGCGGCCAGUCGUAAAUCUUACGAUGACAAUGUGACAGCCAACACCGUUAUCGCCUGAUAAAUGCCAAUAAUUAUAUGGCCAUAAGUCAGCGCCGUACAACAGAGUCAACAAAUGUCACUUGUAAAUGCGAAUCGAUCGAUCGCGCGUUAACGAGAGCUCGCGCGCGAAUCGUAUCGAGGAGGGAUUCCCAAAUCGAGCGGGAUUCCGUUACCAACGGUAUUCAUUAAAAUUAUAAUUAUUCAUUAACCGGGCGUUACUUUGCGCGGCAAAAAAUAACGCCGUAAACGACCGGGGCUUGGGCGAGAAAAGGAUAAGGAUUUUCUCGCAUAAAUUUACGCAUGAGCGACGCGUGAGCGCGAGGAAAAAAAAGGGGGGGGGGGAAACGUCCGAAGAUUUCCAGAGCUCCGCGAAUUUUCACCAGAAGAUGGUUUUGCGUGAAAGCUGACGGCGGACGGUGGAAUGGACAACGACAAUUCGACUGAAGAGCAGUCGUCAAGAACUUUCGACGUUUUGCGAAGGUAAUCUUUCCCACGUGCCGUAAAGUCGCAUGCAAAUGAAGUAGCCAAGGACUCUCGACGGGGAGUGCGUAUUUCCGCGAGUGUCUCGCGCGAUCAUUGAUCACAAACAAGUGGAGCAUGAUGGGAGAGGUGAUUCGCGUUUCUGGGAGGGCACCGGACGUCGGUGACAUCCUGAAGGAGGCCAUGUUGUCGCAGAGGUUCGCCGAUGUGGCCCUGUGCUGUCCGGGAGGCCAGCGGUUCCUCGCGCAUCGCCUGGUUCUGUCAGCGGCCAGUCCUUAUCUUCAGGAAGUGCUGCUGGCGCACAGCAAAGUCACCGCUCACUGCGAGCCGAUCACAGUGAUUCUGGCCGAGGUGGAGGCACCGGAACUCGCGGCUCUCCUCGGAUUCAUUUACACCGGAAGCGCCACGGUUCCGCGAAUGCGACUGGACGCGUUUUUGCGCGCCGCCGAAGCCCUGCGCAUCCGGCUGCCACCAGUGCCGGUGAUGACUACCUGCGAGCAGGCGGCGGACUGCAAGCUGGAGGACGUUAAGGAUGUUAAAGUUAGCCCCAAGUACCUGCAGUGCGAUCAGUAUCCUUGGUAUCGGUCGAGGAGACUGUCCUACGAAGACCAGUUCAACAGGAAGGAGUCCUACAUCAGAAUAUUCCACACGGACGACGUCAACAGGCAUGUGUUCAGGGACAUCGGAGCGCUUCACGAAGUCAAUAGUCCUGGCCCGUCCUUCGGUUCCGAUUGUCCGAGCGCGUGGCCGGUCGGCGGCUUCCCGCAUCAGGAUAGAGCAACAGGUGAUACUCCCGCGGACAGGAAUCACGGUGGCUCGAUGAUACUUGCUGACAAGAACCCGGUGAUAGCUCCUAGCAACGAAUCGUCAUUCGGUAUGUAUCAGCGGGCCACGUGCCUCGCCGGAGGACCGUCCUCGGAAGGAUACGCUGGUCCGGAUACUCUCGAGAAGAUUAGGAUGGGAUACGAGAGGUUGCACAUGAGCUGCUCCGCGGAGAAGCCGAUGAUUAACGAGGAAGUUCUCGCGGGUGGUUCGGGAGGGGAGUCUUGCGGAACGUCGCGGGACGAGUGUCCCUACCAGAGCACGAUGCCGUUGUCGUCCUUGCAGUGCGCCACCGCCACCGCCGGCCAGACGAGGUCAUUCGAGAUGCUCGAUUACGCCUCGCAGACCUCGGCGGGCGAGGAUCUCAGCUGCGGCGAAAGUUGUUGUAGGUGGAGAACCGCUCGCAGGCACGUGGCGAACCGCGUCACCGCGUCGCCAUGGCGCCAGAUUGCCAGGCCCCAUCACUCACCGAGGAACCCGCGGCCCAUCCCCGCGCCUCAACGUCACAUCGAUGACGAAAUCCAAAAGAAGACUCUGACUGCGGAACCAACCCGAUCCACGGUAAUAUCGAUGAGUCCGAGGAAUACCGUUCAUUCUCCGAAAAGCGCGGCGCGAAGUGACGUGCCAUGCCCUACGGCCUUCGAAGUUCCUACCAGUUGCGAGACGAGUUUUAGCAACGACUCGCGAUUAUCGCGCGAUGUAAUCAGCGGUCCGGAAGCGAAGAUGCCGGAGAUCUAUCGGCCGCCGGUCCCCUUCGCGCCCUCCGAUCAGAUCGCGCCGCCCGCGAACGCGGCGAGGAGCAACGAGCAACCCCUCUUUCAGAACGCCGGCAACGCGGCCCCGGCGCAAUCGCUGUCCCCGGGCAAUGACGGCGUUAUCACGAGUGCCGGCAAAAGUGGCGGAUAUCCGACGCAGGUGGCUCCGCAGACGCCGACGAAACCCGAGCUGUCGCACCCGAUCAGCAGACUCUGCGACACGAUCGAGGCCGACGAGAAGAAGGAGGCGUCCAAGGCGGAGGUGGAGAACGCGGAGAAAAGCGGUGACGAGAGGGUCGCGAGGAUUUUCGUCAACAGCGACAACAACAAUAACAACGAGACGAUCGUGAGCACGGAGGUGGCACAGCGCGGACGACCGGCGGACGACCACAGGUGCGAUCAGUGUGGGAAGACUUUCGUCACGAGAGCGUCGCUCAAGGUGCACAGCCGAACGCACUCCGGUGAAAAGCCGUUCCGCUGCGCCGACUGCGGCAAGCAGUUUUCGCAGCUGCGCAAUUACAAGUACCAUCGCAGCGUGCAUGAGGGCACGCGGGAGUUCGCCGCCACUUGUCCGGAAUGCGGCAAGUACUUCAACGACCGCGGCUACCUGAGCUCGCACAUGAAGAUCCAUCGGAACCGCAAGGAGUACGGCUGCGCGGAAUGCGGGAAGAGCUUCAAUCAGCGAGUGGCCUACAACAUGCACGUGCGCAUACACACGGGCGUGAAGCCGCACCAGUGCGAUCAGUGCGGAAAGGCGUUCUCGCGGAAGAUGCUGCUUAAGCAGCACCUGAGGACUCAUUCCGGCGAGCGGCCGUAUCAGUGCCAAGUCUGCCAGAAAGCGUUCGCCGACCGCUCCAACAUGACCCUACACACUAGACUACACUCCGGCCUGAAACCCUACCAAUGCAACUUGUGCUCCAAGGCUUUCACCAAGAAGCACCACCUCAAGACCCACCUCAACUACCACACCGGUACCAAGCCGUAUUCCUGCACUAAUUGCGGCGGCAGGUUCUCGCAGAGCAGCAACAUGAGGACCCACUUCAAAAAGUGCAUCGUCAACAACACCGCCGGGAUGACGGCCAAGUCCGGCGAUGAGGCCGGUACUGAUCGCGCCGACGCCGAGAGCAGCAUGGCGCCGCAGGUGGUCCUGACGCCGCCCAACUCCGACCAGGAGUCCAGUAUCCUGACACCGAUCUCAAAGAACGCUGUCACGAUAGAAAGCAACACGUAGCGGUCCCUCCUGCUCGAAUGGCAAAAUCUCGAGAAUGGACAAAGUUAGCGGGGGAAUAGCGUAAAAAUACUAUUGUGGCCAAUCAAUCCGUCAUCUUUCUAACGAUGGCGCUCGGUCUUUCAGUAGAUAGCGUAUAUGAUAGAGGCAAAUGUCGAUAGCGAUCGACCGGAAACAAACCGCGAACUUUACGUUUGCGCGAUUCGAGGACGUCCGUAAACAGUUUCUAGAACGAAUCCUUUAAGUCUAUAUUAACGUAACGUUACAGAAAUUAUCAGUAAAAUUUGCUUCAAACUAGUUAUUAGUUAAAAAAAAAGUACGCGGCUUAUUUUCUGGCAAUCUAACGUUAGUUAAUUGAAGCAAGAUUGCGUAUCUCGAUGUGAUACGAUAGUUAUGCAUUGUGCCUUCCAGUUCCUGUAUUUAUUAAACUAAUCCCAUUUUGUACGUACACGCAGAACUCCAUAUUCUAAUUUAAUAUUUAAUAAUUUAGAGUUUAACAAUCGAGGAAAUUACACUAAAUUUUCCGUAAAAGACUUAUUUCUCGAUGUGGCGAAAUCGCCUCGCUUCACCCUUCUUCAUUUUAAUAAUUCCCUCAUCGCAAAGACAUUGAUUAUUUUUCGCACAAAUUUACGAUUUAAACACCAUCCGGUUUAAACAACUAUUUAUAAAGUCUUUCAUAUGUUUAAGAUUUCAUAAGCCAUAAAAUCCGCCGAUUCUUGAUUUUCGUUAAUUUACAACGCUUAAAAUUUUUUUUCUAUUCGAUUUUCAAUCCAGUUAUUCAAUUAUUGCAGAGCGAAAGAAAAGUAACAGUAUGAAAGAAGAAAACUUGCAUUGUUCAUUAUCAAUAAAUCUGUUGACGCGCGACUACGAAGGAAUAUAAUUCUAUUAUAUUUUAAUUUUAUAAACUGAAACUUGAAGUCUUUGUUCUCUCUUUGGCACACGUUCAAUAAUUACGGUGGUUUGUACUUUUAUACCAAAAAAAGGAUUCAAGAAAUACGUUGUUUUUUUUAUUACUUUACGGUUAAUAGCUCCUUCGCCGAAAGUGCAACAUGUGAUUGCAACACGGCAAGUCCAAUUGUCGGUUACAACACGGCAAUUGCAAAUACAAUCGAAAAGUCUGCAGCCGUUUGUAGGAAGUAUCUCCCCGUAUUUGAAAGUAACUCGUCGGACUCCGGAGAGUAAUCGAUCUUCCAUAUCAGCGCAAAUAGUUUUGCAAUCUUUUCCAGGAAAUAUCCCUAUGGCAGCGCUUAAGGAUCUAUUUCUGGAGCAACUUUGUCAGCGGCUGUGGCUUUUCUCGAAAGGUAAACGGUGUCUUCUUGCAUUAAACAUCGCGCGGGUAAUUUGAGAUCUUAUCGAGUUAAAAAAAGUUCUUGUUUAAUUAAAGUGCAAUUGUGUCAAAUCCGAGCUCUGUUAAGUAAUCCGAGAUCUGACGAAUAAAAAAAUGUCCAAAAACUAACAAAGGUAAUUUGUCGAAUAUAUUGUGCAAGACAAUAAGUUGCAGAUUAAGAUAUCCUUAAGAAACCGAGCGAACGAAAGUUAUUAUUCGCUGGAAAUAAUGCGUUUCUCUAUGUAUAAAACCAAGACGUUUGUAAUGCCGAUAUGUACAUAUCUCGAUAUAUAGUAAUAUAUUUAUAAUAUCUUACAAAAUUAUUGCACGUUAAUAGGAAAAUACGUUUAAUAUAUGCGUCGACUGUGUAUGCGAAGUAUAUUAAAUACACGAAAUACAAGUAAGCAUUCAUAUAUUGUACAGCUGUGGUUUCGUCGGGCAGAUCGAGUCAUCUGUUCGACGAAUAAUAAAAAAAAAUUCAGAAAAUAUGAAAGCUGGAACACUUUGAUAUUUUCCAACUCGAGAGGUCAGUGUUUUAUUAAUUUUCUCUUUUUUUUCGAAUUGGCGAGACGCCCGCCUAGAGAGCAGGGAGGUUCAGGUUCAAACGCUGGCCGAGGUAAUAUUUUUCGCAGUAAAUUUGCUGUAUUGGUCGAUCAAUUAAUAAACGUGGCCAGCUGUGGUCGAAUGAAAUUUGGAAUUUUAUCAUUAACUUUUCUCGAAAAUGCGGACUCUCCUCGCUCACAGAACGCCGCGUUGCACUCGGCGCGAUGUACGUCACAUCUAGGCAUAUACACCUGCGGUAUACUUUGUGUUUAGGGUAAGGGGCAAUCGCGCGACGCACGUACGAAAUAUAACGGUGCACCGCAGGCAGAACAUGCGGACAAUGACGAUAAAUCGCCGCCGCGACGGUGUUCCUCUCGCGGUGCCGGCGGAAUUAUCGUAAAUCCUUCCGCGCGACACAAAUCGCUCGUUAAUAUUCAAGCGCGAGU